CAUAACGAACCCGUACGCACGCAACAAUAUAUAUAUUAUAUUCUUUAUAGUAGCCUUGUAGCCUUAGCCAAGGAAUGUCUACGUAUUCGAACUUAUUGUGACUUCAGUGACGUCACAGCCGACUUAGACCUUGCUCUCGACUUAGUCGUUUGUUUACCGAAGUGAGCUAACCUGUUCUUCUGUAAACUUUGAUUGUGAUUAGCUUAUUAGCUUUAUAAAUACAAAUUUCAUAAACAUUUUUAUCCAGACCUCUUUCUCAAUUAGAAGUAGAAAUUGAAGUCAAUUUCAAUCACAGGGAUUGGCAACAUAACAAAACAUUUGUUCGCAAUAUGGCGCUAAAACAGGAAAGUAAGUUAACAAAAAUAAUUGAGGAAAAUAUGAGAAUUACACCUCCUUUGUCUCCACUUAUGCCUGUAUCAGAUGAUUCUAAUAUGGAUUUGCUAAGUGAAGAAAAACUUGAUCGAUCAUCUCCAGAAUUAUGGCCUGAGCAAAUUCCUGGAGUAUCAAAAUUUGCAUCGCUUACCCUGUCUCCUAAUGAUGAUAAACCUGUUCAACAACCUGAAUGGCUAAGAGAUCUAGAUCAUGAAGAUAUCAGUGUUUUACAGGGUUUUGGAAGCCUGACUGCAGCAGCAUUACUUGAAAAAGUGAGAGAUCUGCAAAAUUUAGCUUACCAAUUAGGAUUGGAAGAAGCUAAAGAAAUGACUCGAGGACGAUUUCUUGGUAUAUUGCCAAAGAAAAAAGAUAUAAGAAGAUAACUGAAUUAAAAUGCUAUUGAUAUUUUGUAUUGCUGCUGUUUGUGUAAUGUGUUUGUAAGUGCAUAUUGACCAUUUGUAAACUGCAUGAAUUUUGUUAAUGUAGUUUUUUCUACCUUUCUAAUAUGUAAAAUCUUUUCAAAAUCAAUUUAAUAUAUCUAUAGAGAGCAAAUGCAUGUUAGUUGAAGAAAAGAGUCAAUGAUAUUUUUCAGCAAGUGAAGUAAUUUUUUUUUUUAAAUCUACGAUGCAUUAAUUUAAGGUUUAUGAAAGUACAGCAUUAAGUUAUAUCUUUUUAUCAAAAUAUAAAUUCAUUUGAAAUUCAAAAUUAAUAUUUAUAAGUAAAUAGUAUUCAUGGUAAUUACAUAUUUAAAGAAGGAGUGAAUAAAUUAUCACUAAUUAAUGAAUAGUGUUUACAACUGUCAAACGCAUCAUCCCACUUCUUAUUAAAAGCCUUCUGAGGGACUUUAUCUGGCCACAGGUAGUAUGAGAAUACUUUCACAUUAACAAAUUUUAUGUGCUUUUGUUCUAUGCCAAUACAACACUUAUGCAUUCAUGGGUUACUUACAAUUCCAUCCCUUGUUUUUUGGCGCAAUAGAUGCUUCCAGGAACCUUCAUUUCAACCAAGGAAAAACAGUGGAAUUGCCUAGCUUAUGGCAACAUAAUAAGUGUAAACAGAUUGCAAAAGCUACACAAUGUGGAAGUACUCAUGCUUUCGCAUCAUGUUCUCAGCCACGACUAAUAUAGUAGCAAAAAACAGUUCUCACCAAAACACUGAAUGAAAACUUAGAAAUAUAGAUGCUGAAGUUUAGCUUCUAUAUUUCUAGUUUUUGUGAAAUUUGGGUUCAUUUCUUUUCCAUACUGAGACAGAAAUCUAUUUCUGUUGUUUUGCUCUAAAGUUUUAUAACAAAAUGAGAAUGCAUGCAAAACUUGUUAAAUUAAUAUAAGUGACGAAAUCGAAUUUCUGUAUUUAGAAUUCAGUGAAGUAUAAAUGUUAAAAAAUAUAAAACUUUUGUAGCAGAAAACUGCUACCCAUUGAGAAAAAAAAAUUUCUCUUGUUUUUUGCAUGUUAAUAUGAAUCAUUUUAUGUAUUCUUGUAUUCUUGCAUAAGGUAAAUAAAUUUUAGUAUUAUGCUGUUUA